AUGUUAUCCAUCCUCAUCAUUGCGCAGCUUAUGCUCAGUUUAUUCAAGCGGAAAAGAAGGGCCUUCAUAUGCGUGUCGAUAUUGUGUGUUGCUCUCGCUCAGUUGUUGAUGCAUAUGGUAAGCAUAUCUUGUACGUCAAAAACGGGCGAGAGGUUUUGCCAUCCACAGUUUACCUUGACAUUUUCGGGGCCGCCAGUAGGUAGUGAUGGACUACUAUUGGCGCUGAAGGAUCUUCUGAAGCUAUUGUCAUACAUGGCCAUAGAUUUAGGAUCGCACCACAGUCUCCCGCAGGACGCAGACUACGAUGAGAUCAACCUUGUUAAUACUUUAGAAUCGUCUAAUACUUUUAAGGUUAACUUCUUGGGGUAUUGCAAGGAUCAGCCGAUGAUUCGGGAGCUUAAGAAUUAUUGUACAAAACACAACAGCGGACUCGAUCCCAUUUCUUUAAUUAUGAGAGACAUGGGCAUUCAAUUCGGGCUUUUGUCAUCGAAAAAUCCCAAGAUUAUGGGUGAAUCUUUUGUUUAUACCUACAAAUUAGGCUUAAGGGCAAUUGCCGAUACCUCAAGGAAUCUGGACAAAGAAAAUAAUAUGUUGAGAAGGUACCUGAAAGGGUUCUCGGGCGACCCCGAUUCAGAGGCUGAUCGAAUUCAAAUACAGAAAAUAGUCAUAUUUGCCAACUGGCUGCUUUUCACGCAAGACUUUUGUUUGGUCAUAAACUGGCUGAACUUGAUAGAAUUCAUUUUGAGUAUAUUGGCAGUACUGUUGGCGACGCUAAUGACCCCAGUCAUUUUGAAGGGUCCUAAAGGGAAAUUGAAUCUCUUACGAUUGAUGGUUGUGCCUACCUUCAAAAUAAUCGCGGUGUCAGUUAUUCUUGCUAAUUGCUGCUGUAAUUUAUCUUCUACCUUGUGGUUCGUGGUACUACGCAAGGCAGGACGCUCAGUAUUGAAAGGCACAGAUAUCUACAGUGUUCGGUUAGGGUCUGGAUUAAUACUUUCUUGGGUAAGAUUACUCUUGGAGUGCACUCUGGCUUGGAUUGGAUUUUAUCAAGAUUCAUUUUCCAAGCGAUAUUUGACAAACGACACUGACAACACUGAGGAUAUUCAGUUGAAAUCCCUAGAGUUAGCCCCAGCACGAGAACGCUCGAUAUCAUCAGACACUACUGUUUAA